AUGGUCAAAUACAAAGACAUAAAAGUCUCCAACGCCCUCAUCAACGAAGCCACGGCCCCGCGCAUCGCCGUCUUUGUCGGCGGUACAUCAGGCAUUGGAGAAGCCACAGUUGAAGCUUUGGUCGCUGCCGGCACCAACUUGAAACUUUAUCUGAUCGGACGAAAGAGUUCGCAGCAACGUACCGAGACCUUUAUCCAAGAGUUGCACGCUAUCAAUCCCAAUGCUGACAUCGUCUGGGUUGAAGGUGAAGUUUCACUUCUUGCAGAAACAAAGAGAGUUUGCGAGAUUGUCAAAGCCAAAGAGCGUCAUGUCGAUCUGCUUUUCCUCACUACGGGCUAUGCCCCUUUCACUUCACGAAGAGAGACUUCUGAGGUGUUGGAAAUCUCUCAAAGCCUGAGUUACUACUCACGAAUACUUUUUGUUCUACAUCUGCUUCCUCUGCUCAAUGGGGCCGAAGCCCCUAGGGUCGUUAGUGUUUUGGGCGGAGGAUUGGAAAGACCAACUAUCGAAACGGACGAUAUCGAUCUUGAGAAGCCAGGAAAUUUCAACUUCAUGAAAGCCCAGCUACAGUACACAGCCAUGAACACUCUAUUUCUAGAAACACUUGCAGACCAAAACCCCGAGGUCACCUUCGUUCAUUCCUGGCCUGGCUGGGUCAACACAGGCAAUGUUAGGAGGGGCCUAGACUCUGGUUCAAUCUUGGCUUGGGUCAUAUGGUUCUUCCUCGAACCGUUGAUCGCUAUUUUCUCGUACAGUGACGAGGAAUCUGGACAGAGGCAUUUGUUCCAAAGCACCAGUGCUGCUUUUGGCGGCCGUGGGACACAAUGGGUGGAGAAGGCGGGAGUCAACUCGCAUGGAAAACAGGAAAAUGGGUUGUUUCUUGUUAACUAUAAGUGUGAGUGUACGCCAAAUUCAAAGGCUAUGCCUUCACUUCGGGAGAAUGCACAGAAGAAGGUUGUGGACCACACUAAGCAAGUUCUGGAACCUCACGUUUGA